AUGUAUGCUUUCUUCCAGUACCUCUGGCUUCCUGAUCCCCAAAAUAAGUACGCAGGGUUUCUACACUUCAACAAUCCAAACAGGAAGUGGCCGAACAGAACGUUAGAAAAACCUCCAAUAUGGCUAUCAACGGAUCUUCGAGACGGCAAUCAAUCACUGAUUAACCCACUGACUGUUGAGCAAAAAUGGGAAUAUUUUCAAAUGCUUGUUUCCAUUGGCUAUACGGAAAUUGAAGUCAGCUUCCCAGCUGCUUCACAGAUUGAGUUCGAUUUUACUCGUCGUCUUAUUGAAACACCCAACGCUGUGCCAGAAAACGUGCGAAUACGGGGUCUGUCACCAACUCGUGAAGACUUCUUAGCCCGCACAGUUGAAGCACUCCGUGGAGCCAAGCGAGCUUCAAUUUGUACCUAUAUAUGUACCAGCGAUAAGCAACUCAGAUACCAGGGGUUCACGCGAGAGCAAGCUGUUGAGCAGGCGGUGAGGUCAGUGCGAUUUUUACGAUCAAUCACCAAAGACAAUCAUGAAUCUGCCGCCGUAACAGACUGGACACUGGCGUUCGGGCUCGAAGCAUACAACGAGGCCGAUCAUGAAUUUGCUGUCUUGAUUACAGAAGCUGUCAAGGAAGCCUGGGGACCGACCAACGAGGACCCGUUGGUUGUUGUCCUGGCUACCAGCACGGAGGUAGCCACACCCAAUGUGUUUGCAGAUCAGGUUGAACUAUUUCAAGCUUCUCUAUCUGAGCCUGGAAAGAUCAGAAUCUCUUUACAUCCUCAUAACGACCGCGGGUGCGGCGUGGCCACUGCUGAGUUAGGCAUGCUGGCCGGUGCUGGUAUGGUUGAAGGUUGCCUCUUUGGUAAUGGCGAGAGAUGUGGCAAUGUCGACUUGGUAACUUUGGCGUUAAAUCUGUACUCCAGGGGAAUCAACCCUGGGCUUGACUUUUCCAAUCUUUCAGAGAUCAAGCGUAAGUUUGAGAGGCUGACCGGCUUGAGUGUAUCUUCGCGGGCACCAUAUGCUGGCGAAUUUGCUCUACAAGCCUUCAGCGGGAGCCAUCAGAAUAUCAUUCGAAAAGGGUUAAAUUGGCGAUCUGAGGCCCUUGAAAGUGGCGAAAGACCCAUUUGGGACAUUCCCUAUCUUCCCCUUGAUCCAGAGGACCUAGGAAUUCCGCUCGACCAGAUCAUUCGCGUGAAUUCGCAAAGCGGUAAGGCAGCUGCCACCUGGAUAUUGAAUCGAAGGUGGGGGCUAGACCUGCCCGUUGAUCUUCAAGUUGAUUUCGGUCGUCGGGUGCAAAUGAUGUGCGAGGCUUUGGCUCGAGAAAUCACUCAUCAGGAGGUUGUAAACCUGUUCAUCGCUAGUUACGCACUUUCGGCCACAGGGAACCACAGUACAGCAACCCGCAUCGGCAGCAUCAAAAUUGCAACCAAUGGAACUAUUCAGAGUGUUGAGGGUAUAUUGAAUACUGCGGAUAGCGCGACUAUCCGGAUCAAUGGGUCGGGAUCCAACAUCCCAUCUGCUGUCAUCAGGGGCCUCCACUUCAUGAAGGACAGCAAUGCUGCUGCAGAAAUUUGCAAUACCCAACAGCUCAGUGCCGAUAAUUUCCAAGGGAAAACAUGCGUACUAGCUACAUGCACGGAGAACAACCACGUCACUUGGGGUUACUUUAUAGACCAGGACAAACAAACCUCUGAGGCACUGGCUGUUGUCUCAGCAGCUUUGCAUAUGUAUCGCCGAAAUUUAUCAGCAUUGCCCUUCAAGAAACAAGUAAAUAUUUCUAGAAUUGACGCAAAGCCAGCACCAUCGCAUACUGUUACAAAAGCUUAA